GGCUGCCUGGGGUCAUCCCCUGGGCUGGAGACGCACCGAAUGUGACCACCUCCAGCUCCCUCACCAGGCGCAGGGAGGAGGAGCGGGCCAGACACUGCCACAGGACAGACUAUGGGACUCAGAGGCGCCCUGGCUCCUUCAGGUUUAAGUAUUGUGUAAGCUGCAUCAAUGGAGCACAUUCAGGGGGCCUGGAAGACUAUCAGCAAUGGCUUUGGAUUCAAAGAUGCAGUGUUUGAUGGCCCCAGCUGCAUUUCCCCCACAAUAGUUCAGCAGUUUGGCUAUCAGCACAAAGCAUCAGAUGAUGGCAAACUUAUGGACUCUUCUAAGACAAGCAAUACUAUCCGUGUUUUCUUGUCAAACAAGCAAAGAACAGUGUAAAAAAGCACAUUUAGAUUGGAAUACUGAUGCUGCCUCCUUGAUUGGAGAAAAACUUCAAGUAGACUUCCUGGAUCACGUUCCUCUCACAACCCACAACUUUGCUCAGAAGACCUUCCUGAAGCUUGCCUUCUGUGACAUGUGUCAGAAGUUCUUGCUAAAUAGAUUUUGAUGUCAGACUUGUGGCUACAAAUUUCACAAGCAUUGUAGCACCAAAGUACCUACUAUAUGUGUGGAUUGGAGUAAUGUCAGACAACUGUUAUUGUUUCCAAAUUCCAAUAUUGGUGAUAGUGGGGUCCCAGCACUGCCUUCUUUGACAAUGCGUCGGAUGCGAGAGUCUGUUUCCCAAAUGCCUGUUAGUUCCCAGCACAGAUACUCCACACCCCACGCCUUUACAUUCAACACCUCCAGCCCCUCCUCUGAAGGUUCCCUCUCCCAGAGGCAGAAGUCGACAUCCACACCUAAUGUCCACAUGGUCAGCACUACCCUACCUGUGGACAGCAGGAUGAUUGAGGAUGCAAUCCGAAGUCACGGUGAAUCAGCCUCACCUUCAGCCUUAUCCAGCAGCCCCAACAAUCUGAGCCCAGUGGGCUGGUCACAGCCCAAAAGCCCCAUGCCGGCACAGAGAGAGCGGGCACCGGGAUCUGGGACCCAGGAGCAAAACAAAAUUAGGCCUCAUGGACAGAGAGAUUCAAGUUAUUACUGGGAAAUAGAAGCCAGUGAAGUGAUGCUCUCCACUCGGAUUGGGUCAGGCUCCUUUGGAACUGUUUAUAAGGGCAAGUGGCAUGGAGAUGUUGCAGUAAAGAUCCUGAAGGUUGUUGAUCCCACACCAGAGCAGUUUCAAGCCUUCAGGAAUGAGGUGGCUGUCCUGCACAAAACACAGCACGUGAACAUUCUGCUCUUUAUAGGGUACAUGAUGAAGGACAACCUGGCGAUUGUGACCCAAUGGUGUGAGGGCAGCAGCCUCUACAAACACCUGCAUGUCCAAGAGACCAAGUUCCAGAUGUUCCAGUUGAUUGACAUUGCCCUGCAGACAGCUCAGGGAAUGGACUACUUACACGCAAAGAACAUCAUCCACAGAGACAUGAAAUCCAACAAUAUAUUUCUCCAUGAAGGCCUGACGGUGAAAAUUGGAGAUUUUGGUUUGGCAACAGUGAAGUCACAUUGGAGUGGUUCUCAGCAGGUUGAACAACCCACCGGCUCUCUCCUGUGGAUGGCCCCAGAGGUGAUCCGAAUGCAGGAUAACAAACUUUUCAGCUUCCAGUCUGAUGUCUACUCCUACAGCAUUGUGCUGUAUGAGCUCAUGACAGGGGAGCUACCUUACUCUCACAUCAACAACCGAAAUCAGAUCAUCUUCAUGAUAGGCCGAGGGUAUGCCUCCCCAGACCUUAGUAAACUAUGCAAGAACUGCCCCAAAGCAAUGAAGUGGCUUGUAGCUGACUGUGUGAAGAAAGUUAAGGAAGAGAGGCCUCUUUUUCCCCAGAUCCUGUUGUCCAUUGAGCUGCUCCAACACUCUCUACCGAAAAUCAACAGGAGUGCUUCUGAGCCAUCCCUGCAUCGGGCAGGCCACACCGAGGACAUCAAUGCCUGCACACUGACCACUUCCCCUAGACUGCCUGUCUUCUAGCUGAAUUUGCACCUAUACUCAGGCCACCAGGGGAGGAAGAGAAGUCAGCAGGCACCAUCUUUCUGCUCCCUUUCUAUGGGAGGAGAGAGCUUGUUUUCAGAGAAGCUGCUGCUAAGGACCUUCUAGACUACUCACAGGGCCUUACUUCAUGCUGCCUUCUUUUCUACCCUUUCUGGUCCUGGGAGAAGGAAGCCAUUUACCAUGCUAAUUUCUCCUGCUCCCUACCUGCAUUCUCCAUGCUCAUGAGCUGAGCCUUCUCCAGAUUUACCAGUGGCUGCUGAUGGCAAUAUAUGAUCUGGGACCCUGGACAUCGGCUAGACAAGUACUUUUGGGGCAAG